AUAGUCUUUGGCGCAUGCGUUUGAAAAAGGUAAUCGACAACUUCCGGCACGUUGCGACAUUAAAAAAUGGCAGAUUCUGAUGACAAGAGCACGUUAUUGCCAGUAGUUGUUGAUUACAUCAAACGAAAAUGCAAAGAGUUUGUUCCAAUGUUGAACAAGUCACCCAAGUUUAAAAAUGUACAGACAGAUGGCAGUCCUAAACUUGAAGAGGUGUUUGCUCAAUGGAAGAGUGAGGGUGUGAAAAGAAAGUUGGGUACUGAAGGCAGUCCAGCAGCAGCUAAGAAAGCAAAGAAAGAGGAAUCUAGUAGUAGCAGUAGCAGCUCUGAAAGUGAAGAUGAAAAGCCUAAAGCACCGGUAUCAAAAGCUGCUACAGUGAAACAAGCAGGCCAGAAGGGAACUGAGGCUGUCAAACGAUUGCACGAAUCAAGCUCUAGUGAUUCGUCUUCAUCUGAUAGUGAUAAUGCAAAACCUCCACCUAAAAAACAAGCAACAGUAUCCAAGCCAACAGCUCAAAAGAAGGCAGAUUCCAGCUCCGAUAGCAGUAGUGAAUCUAGUGAAGAUGAAAAGCCUAAGAAACAAGCCCCAGCGAAAACAGUAGUUCCAAAGCAAGUCCCCAAAAAGAAAGAAGAAAGUUCUAGCUCUGAUUCUUCAGAUGACGAGAAACCCAUAGCAAAGAAAACUGUGCCUGCUAACAAGAAAACUGCUACUGCUAACAAAGGCUCUGAUUCAAGUGGAACCUCUGACUCUGAUGCUGAUUCUGAAAGUACAGACGAUGAGAAGUCUUCAGGAAAGAAGAAAGUACUUAAAAAGAAAGUAACCCCACAGGCAAAAACAUACAAUAAUGUACCACCUCCAGCACAAAAGGCUACACCAGUCAAAUCUGCCGUUAAGAAAGAUUCGAGCAGUGGUAGUAGUGAUGAUAGCUCCAGUGAUGAUAGUACAAAGAAAAAGGCUGUGCAACCUAAACCAGCAGUUUCAAAGCUAGCAGAAGUAAAAGCAGUUGCAAAGAAAGACAGUAGCAGCAGCAGUAGCGACAGGUCAAGCGAAGAUGAAGCCCCUAAAGCUAAACCGACUCAGGCUAAACCACCUCCAGCAAAAGCAGCAGCAAAGAAAGAAAGUAGUAGUAGUGAUUCAAGCUCUAGUGAGGAUGAAGCACCAAAGAAAGUGCAAGCAAAACCUGCAAGUCCUAAAAAACCACAGGCAGUUGUAACAAAGAAAGAUAGCAGCAGCAGUAGUAGUAGUGACUCCAGUUCUGAAGAGGAAACCCCUAAAACAAAAGUUGCUGCUAAAUCACCAGUGCCUGUUAAAGCAACAGUGAAAAAGGCUGAUAGUAGUAGCAGUGAUUCCAGUUCAAGUGAAGAUGAAACUCCAGCUGCUAAAAAAGUUGCGUCACCUGCAAAAGUGGCAGUUAAGUCAACACCAGCUAAAAACGCAAAGGCAGACUCAAGUUCUAGUAGUUCUGAUUCUUCUAGUGAAGAUGAGGCACCAAAGAAAUCACCUGCUGUUUCAAAACAAGUAACUCCUAAAGCACCUCCAAAAGCAGCUGCUAAAGAUUCCAGCUCAAGUAGUUCUGAUUCAAGCUCUGAGGAUGAAGCCACUAAAAAGACAGCACAAUCUGUAACUCCAAAGGCUGUAGGUGGUAAGCCAGCUGCUGCUAAAGCAAAAACCAAAGAUUCAAGUUCAAGUAGUUCAGAUUCUAGCUCAGAGGAUGAAGCUCCCAAUAAAGCUGCUGCAGCAAAAUCUGUAACUCCAGCAAAACCAGCAACUCCCAAAGUUGCUGCAAAAACAGCAACACCUAAAGCUGCAGUUAAAGAUUCAAGUUCAAGUAGUUCAGAAUCUAGUUCAGAAGAUGAAGCCCCAAAGAAGGCUACACCAGCCAAACCAGUAACUCCUAAAGUUGCAGCAAAAACAGCAACACCCAAGGCUGCAGCUAAAGAUUCAAGUUCUAGUAGCUCAGAUUCUAGUUCAGAAGAUGAAGCCCCCAAGAAAGCUACACCUGCUAAACCAGUAACUCCUAAAGUUGCAGCAAAAACAGCAACACCCAAGGCUGCAGCUAAAGAUUCAAGUUCUAGUAGCUCAGAUUCUAGUUCAGAAGAUGAAGCCCCCAAGAAAGCUACACCUGCUAAACCAGUAACUCCUAAAUUUGCAGCAAAAACAGCAACACCCAAGGCUGCAGCUAAAGAUUCAAGUUCUAGUAGCUCAGAUUCUAGUUCAGAAGAUGAAGCCCCCAAGAAAGCUACACCAGCUAAACCAGUAACUCCUAAAGUUGCAGCAAAAACAGCAACACCCAAGGCUGCAGCUAAAGAUUCAAGUUCUAGUAGCUCAGAUUCUAGUUCAGAAGAUGAAGCCCCCAAGAAAGCUACACCAGCUAAACCAGUAACUCCUAAAGUUGCAGCAAAAACAGCAACACCCAAGGCUGCAGCUAAAGAUUCAAGUUCUAGUAGCUCAGAUUCUAGUUCAGAAGAUGAAGCCCCCAAGAAAGCUACACCAGCUAAACCAGUAACUCCUAAAGUUGCAGCAAAAACAGCAACACCCAAGGCUGCAGCUAAAGAUUCAAGUUCUAGUAGCUCAGAUUCUAGUUCAGAAGAUGAAGCCCCCAAGAAAGCUACACCAGCUAAACCAGUAACUCCUAAAGUUGCAGCAAAGACAGCAACACCCAAGGCUGCAGCUAAAGAUUCAAGUUCUAGUAGUUCAGAAUCUAGUUCAGAAGAUGAAGCCCCUAAAAAAUCUACACCUGCUAAACCAUUAACUCCUAAAGGUGCUGCAAAACCAGUAACACCAAAAGCAGUUGCUAAAGAUUCAAGUUCCAGUAGUUCAGACCCUAGUUCAGAAGAUGAAGCCCCCAAGAAAGCUGCAUCUUCAUCAUUAAAUAAACAACAAUCCCCGGUGUCUCAAAAUAAAAAUGUAAAGACUCCUACUCCAAAAUCACAGAUAAAUAAAAAGGACAAUACAAGUAGUAGUGACUCUAGCUCAGAAUCAGACAAUGAAAAUACAAAGACAGUGAAUACCUCUAAAGUAAAUAAAUCCCAAAGUGUUCCAAAUAAAUCACAAAAUAAAUCAGACUCUAGUUCAGACAGUGACUCCUCAGACUCUGACAAUGAAAAAUCCAAAUCUGUUUCAAAAUCACCUGGUUUAACACCAGUUAUUGGUAAAACUAAAGCGGGGAAACAAAAUGGUCCAGUAACUUCUACACCAUAUUCCAAGGUAAACGGGAAUGCUGAAGAGGGUUCUGAUGAUUCAGGAGUUAGCUCAGGCUCACAUGAAGUUAACUCUAAUAACAAGAAUAAUACCAGUCAGAAUAACAGUAAAACACAGAGAAGAAGGAGCAGUCCAUUCAGACGUGUAAGGGAGGAGCAAGUUGAAGUAGAUGAUAGAUUGAAGGAUAAUUCAUUUACUGCGAAGAGAGGAGCACAUGGAUCAUGGGGUGAGAAAGCCAACAAAGACCUCAUUGUGACGAGGGGUAAAUCGUUCCGACACGAGAAAACGAAGAAAAAACGAGGCAGUUACAGAGGUGGAGCUAUAGACACCAGCAAUGUACAUUCUAUUAAAUUUGAUGAUUAAGCCAUUUUUGUUCACUUGAUGUUAAAAGAACAUUGAUCAAUUUAAAGAAUGAUUUAUCACAUGAAAAAAGUAUUAACAUGAUCAUUUUAUUUCAACUUUUUGUCAAGAAUAAUUAUUUUGAAUGGCUAGAUAAAUAUUGAAAGUGUUGUUCUGUUACAAAGUAAAUGCACAAUCUAUGGUAUAACUGUGUAAAAGAUUUAUUGAAACAUUUAUGUGAAAGUGCUUGUUUAAUAUAUGGUUAGGUAUGGCAUAUAUAUGUAUGAAUGGUUGUAUAAAAGCAGUGGUUAUUUGUCAUCAUUUGGAACUUUGUGCUCUGGUGCUACUUUCUGUAUUGCUUGAGUUUUGAUCGAUAUUUUAUAAUGUUCAAACAAUUUAUUUUUUUCCAAUUCAUGUCAAGUAUUUUGAUAAUAAUGCAGGAAAGUUGCCUGGAAACCAUUUAUAACAGUCAUGUGGAUAACAUUAAUGUUUGAUAUUAUUACUGUUGUCACAGAACUUGACAGAUAGUUUUUCGAUGCACAAUAGCCACAUUGUUCUUAACAUUUAAUGAUUUAUUCACCAUGUGUUCUUUAUUAUCUAUGUUUGAUAAUAUUCAUUUGAGGCAUUUAUGUACUUUAUUUGUUGAACUGUAUGGAAUUUUGAAUUCAUUUAGAUAUGAUAUAGUUUAUGAUCAUGUAAAAUAUUUGAUAUACAAGAUAUGAUGUUUUGAUGAGAUUGUGGAUAAUUAUAUUAUAUUAUUUAACAAUUAUGACAGAACCUCGUCUGUUAUUGAUAUACAUGUAUAUAACAGGAUAUUCAUUGGGACAUUCUUUAAAAGUACUGUACAAAUUGAAUUUAUCCCAUUCUUUAAAACAUUGAACUGAGAGCAAAGUAAAUGUUGCUUUCCCUGAAUUAAACUAAUUUUUAUAUAAUUUGUGUGUGAUUAUUGUAAAAAUGAAUUAAUUAUUUUUAUUGACUUAAUUCAUGAAUGAACAACACAUUCACAUGUUUGUUUUCUAUUUACUUUUAUCUUUGCAUAGUAGAUAUUUUUUGUUGCCGGGGAGGGCUUUAAUAUCAGGCUCAUAUUAUUAUUUGAGAAAUUUUGCAUAUAAAUUAUUGUUGUAAUGAUUUGGUUAAUAGUAUUACUCUCCAUGUGUUAUCAUAGUGAAGAUUUUUCUAUACAGAUAAAUAGUCCAGUUUUAAGGAUGUCUUUAAUGAGGAGUAUUAUGUAGGUAAGGACAUUUUGUUAAAAUGUUUGUUUCAUAAAGGUAAAAUAAAAUUUGUACGAAAAUAGCUAGGUUUAUGGAUGGAGAUGUGUAUUUGACGAUAAGUAUUAUGUUCUUGGUAAUUCCACGUGUUGCAGUAAUGACUGUUUAUCACUGUGGGUAAACAAAUCUACUUUAUAUGCUGGCAAAAAUGAUAAUUUAAAUUGUUUAAUCAUGUAAUUUACGAGACAGUCACAGGAAGUAAAGGUUCUUCAAAUUGUAAUAACCCAUACACAUUGUAUUGUAUUGACUCUCAAUAAAGGUACACUUUGUUUAUGAUAAUACCUUAUUAGUCCCCUACCGGUUUAACCGGAGGGGACUUUAGGUUUACCCUCCGUCCGUCUGUCUGUCUGUCUGUCAGUCCGUCCGUCCGUCCACAAAACUGGAUCCCGCGAUAACGCAAAAAGUACUGAAAAUAUUUUUAUGAAACUUGAUAUAUGGAUAGAUGGCAGUAUGGAGAUUAUGCACGUCUUUUUUUUUUCUUCCUAUGUGGAAAAUUCUGGUUGCUAUGGCAACAAAUAGUCUGAAAAUAUGGCAAAUUUAACACAUAAACUGGAUCCAGUGAUAACUCAAAAAGUACUGAAAAUAUUUUUAUGAAACUUGAAAUAUGGGUAGAUGGCAGUCUGGAGAUUAUGCACAUCUUUUUCUUUUCUUCCUAUGUUGAAAAUUCUGGUUGCUAUGGCAACAAAUAGCCUGAAUUUCAAGAUUUCUGAUUUAAAUUUUUCAGCUUUUUUACUGUAUGUUCUUUAUUUCUUAAGGUGUUUACUUCAAACUUUAAAUAUAAGUUUCUGGUCAUCAACCACAUCAUAUGUGACAAGGUUUAUAACUCUAGCACAAAAAAUAUCAGUAUUACCUCCCUUGAACUUAGAUUUUUUAGGGGAAAAAUGUUGUCUUUUUUAAAUAACUUCUCUAUUUCCUAAUGUAUCUACUUCAAACUUCAUAUAUAUGUUUCUUAUUAUCCCUCGACAUUUUUGAGAAGGUUAAAUACUCUAGCAAGACUAUUUCCAGAAUUAUGUCCCCCUUGAACUUAGAUUUUUUCGAGAAACUGGUAUUUUCACUCCAACUUCUUCAUUCCUUAUAGGAUUUACUUUAAAAUCCCACAUCGUAAUAAUAUGACAAGGUUGUAUAAACAUAAUUUCCUUACUAAGCAUGGAAACUUAACACAUUACUGUGAUAUAGACAAACUUAUUUUAUUAUGUUUUGUGGUUGAUAUUUUCAAAUACAGACUUCAUCCUCAAAUUCAUUAUAAAUGGCAAUACACAGGAGUGUAUGACAAUUAAAGAACUUUUUGAGGGACCGGUAGGGGACUACUGUAUUGCCCGCAAUACUAUCAAAUGCUUGUUCAUAACUGUUUUGUCAUAGAACUUAAGUCCAUCUUUUAUUUCAAGCUCAGAUAUAUCAAAAUUAUAUGUUACUUAAGAAUGCAAUCUGUCAUUAUCAAUCACAAAUUUCAGACAUGUCAGGUUGGAAAUUAGUUAUUUAUUUUGAAAUUUUCCAUAGUAUUGGUAAUUGGCAUGUUAAAAGAGUCUCUGUAAUGCUUUCUGAUCAUGAUUGUUUGCAGAUUAAAAGAUUCAAAAUAAA